GCGGCCCAAGUCGAUGAGGUAUUGAAGGCGCCUCAGGGACAGUGGCUGGUACUGAGGACGACGGCUGAAGGGGCACAGAAGCACAUGGGACAGCCAAAACACAACAGAGCCAAUCAUAAAGUGGAAAAGGCGGGACUUUCUGUGCCCUCCCCCGACGUCGUAAGUAGUGUGAUUCGCGUGAUAGUUUUUGCAUUGUGUGUGGUGUUUUCAACAAACGCAGGAAAUCUGUAGUGCUUUUUUUCCCAUCAAGCACCUUGACAUUUCGCUUCCAUAUUUGGUUUAAUAAUCGGCUUCUUCACGGGUACGUCGCGUUGUUGUAUGUGCGGUAAUAACAUGUCGGCGCCUCUACCUGCCAUCGUGCCUGCUGCCCGCAAAGCCACUGCGGCGGUGAUCUUUCUGCAUGGCCUCGGUGACACGGGUCAUGGCUGGGCAGAAGCAUUUGGUGGCAUCAGGAUUCCACACGUCAAGUACAUUUGUCCACAUGCCCCAACCAUGCCUGUCACCUUAAACAUGCGAAUGUCCAUGCCUUCCUGGUUCGACAUUUACAACUUGAGUCCAAAUGCGGAAGAAGACGAGUCCGGCAUCAAGAGAGCGUCAGACAACCUUAAAACCAUGAUUGACCAGGAAGUGAAGAAUGGCAUUCCCUCCCAUAGAAUCAUCCUGGGUGGAUUCUCACAGGGCGGUGCCUUGUCGCUCUACACGGCUCUGACCAGCCAGCAGAAGCUGGCCGGGGUGGUUGCCCUCAGCUGCUGGCUUCCUCUGCGCAACGCCUUCCCUCAGGCGGCGGCGGGCGGCGCUGACACCAACAAGGACGUGACGGUGCUGCAGUGCCACGGCGAGGCCGACCCGCUGGUGCCGUUCUCUUUUGGCACUCGCACUGCCGAAAAGCUGAGGAGCCUCUUGGGGCCCGAGAAGGUCAUCUUCAAGGCGUAUCCUGGCCUGCCCCACAGCGCCUGUCCAGAGGAAAUGGUGGACAUCAAGCGAUUCAUUGAGAAGCAGCUGCCCGCCGUCAGCAACGAAUGAACGCCGCCGCCGCCGCCUCCUCCAGUGUGACUCGGCCUGAGGACACUUGAUGAAAACAAACGCGCCUCCGCCGCUGCGCUAGUGCUUAAAGAGGUGUGCGGGAUCACUUCACGUAGUGCUCCGGGUGAGGUUGGUCCCAUCUCGCCCGUCCGCCACGGAGCGGUAGUUACAGUAGAGUGGCAUCAGUUGCUUGAUUGUGACGCAAAAAAAGCCAUUUUGUCUUCCAUGGUAUGUGGAGCUGCACUUUUCAUGCACAAUAAAUGGCCUGUUAUCGUUU